UACACCGAUAGCCAUUCCAUUCCCUUCCCUUCCCUUCCCUUCCCUUCAACAUCUCCUUUUUACCCCUUCACAAAAUCCGAACUCUUCCAAAACCCUAAUCCUACCAGAGAACCGGAGGUGUUUCGUGUCUCCCUCCACGCUGCGGUCUUCUACGAUUGCUUUUAGAUCUAAGUUUUGGUUUGUUUCUACAGAGAUGCCGCAGAGACAUUCAAAGAACAAUAAUGAUCUUGCCUUCUUCACAUAUGAUGAGAAGCGCAAACUCGGAUAUGGAACUCAGAAGGAGCGACUUGGCAGGGACUCAAUAAAGCCUUUUGAUGCAUGCUGCCUUUGCUUAAAGCCAUUCAUUGAUCCUCUCUGUUGCCAGAAAGGUCAUGUCUUCUGCAAGGAAUGUAUUCUCGAAUGCUUGUUGGCUCAAAAGAAAGAUAUCCAAAGGAAGCUAGCUGCCCAUGCUGCUCAGCUGAAGCAAGAGAAAGAAGAGGAGGAAGAGAGAUUAACGUUGCAGAAAGCCAGAGAGCUUGAUGCAUUUGAUCAACAAAACCAUGGUGCAGUACCGCAGUACAGUGAUAAGAACCACACCCGAGACAAGAAUGGCUUCCAUGGAGCAAACAGUGUGAAGGUUACUUCUUAUGAAGAGGAAGCACUUCGAAACAUGAAAGCAUUUUGGCUGCCUUCUGCUACACCAGAAGCUCCUGUGAAAGUAGAAGCCCCCUCCACUAGUACAGUAUGUCCCGAAGGCAACGAAAAACUCAAGCUGAAGACCCUCUUCCCAAUCCACUUGACUGAGGACAGGAGUGAACAGAAGAAGUCCAAAUCUCUUGAUAAAACCUAUAUCUGUCCCAGCUGCAAGGUCACUCUAACAAAUACCAUGUCCCUUGUAGCACUUAGUUCUUGUGGCCAUGUGUUUUGCAAGAAGUGUGCAGAUAAGUUUAUGGCAGUUGACAAGGUUUGUCUUGUAUGCAACAAGGGUUGUAAAGACAGAAAUCUGGUCCCCUUGGAAAAGGGAGGAACAGGCUUUGCCGGCCAUGGGGAUCAUUUGGAAGCAACAGACUUUAAGCAUUUGGGAAGUGGUUCAGGGUUGGGGCUGGUGAGACCGGCAAUGAAGACAUGAACACCCUGAGCCGAUCUUGUUUGGCAACAAAGAAGAUUCUUAUGUUGAUGUAUCCCUGGUUGUCAUCCUGUUUGUUUUGAGAGUCGUUAUUGUAAUAUCUCUAGUCACAUGAUUAAUGGACGCGAAAUGGCUUAUGGAACCUUUUUUGUUUCGACUGAUAAAUGCUGUAUCCGAGUGAUCGCACCUCUCUCCUUUCGGGUGCAACCACUUGUCCCCUAUAAAUGUGAGGGUGGCUUUGGUUACAAAAUGUCCACUUAUAUUUAAAUCUCCUUUUUUUAGUGUAUGCUGCUAUUUUGAUAUCUGUUUUAAUAUAUUUAAAUCUCCUCA